ACAUCAUUGGAGAUUUUCAGGACUAAUUAUCAGAGCGUCUUAGAGAUCCUUAACUGGGGAGGUGCUUAUGAAAUUCACAGGGGUCUUGUAAUUGAUCCAUUUUUCCCCCACAGAGCUUUCCUGCAGCACGCUAAAUGGACAAAACAGCAUGCUUUGAUUUUCCUGCUGUCUCAUUACGCAGCCCCUCACCAGGAAGAAAAUCAGAAGGAAGGAGCGUGUGAUCCCUCUUUAUCAACACAUCUGAAGAAAAGAACAGUGAUUUGAUUUCAAAAACCAGUGCAUUAUGAUUUUCUCUAAAAAAGAAAAGAGCAGCCGAGAUACAUCUACACUGACAGUUUGCUGCAUGGCUGAAUAGCUUGCUUUUUUUUUUUUUUAACUACACUUGGUACACAACCAAGAAACUGGGACUCAUUCACUAAACUUACACAUGUCUGUGGGGCACUGUCUUUUGGCAGAGGCUACCUAGAUAACCUGAGCUAAUUAACAACAUUCAAGGGGUGUUAUCUGCUGAUUUACAAAGGAGAAAAUGUGGCUGCCUUUUUCUUUUAUUUUGAGCUGCAAUCUUGUUCUAAUUUCAGGAUACUCCUUUCCUAAAAGCAUAGAGACUCUCAAUAAGAAGCAGUACCAAGUCCAGCAUGGAUCAUGUAGCUAUACUUUUCUUUUGCCAGAGAUGGACAAUUGCCGUUCUUCUUCUACCUCCUAUGUUUCUAAUGCAGUGCAGAGAGAUGCACCCCUAGAUUAUGAUGAUUCCAUACAAAGGCUUCAGCUGCUUGAAAACAUCCUGGAGAACAACACGCAGUGGCUAAUGAAGCUUGAAAAUUACAUCCAGGAUAACAUGAAAAAAGAGAUGGUAGAGAUCCAGCAGAAUGCAGUGCAGAAUCAGACAGCAGUAAUGAUUGAAAUAGGCACAAACCUACUAAAUCAAACAGCUGAACAGACUCGCAAAUUAACGGAUGUUGAAGCACACGUAUUGAAUCAGACAACAAGACUUGAGCAUCAGCUUCUGGAACAUUCUCUUUCAACUAACAAACUAGAAAGGCAGAUUUUGGAUCAGACCAGUGAGAUAGGUAAACUACAAGUAAAAAACAGUUUUUUAGAAAAAAAAGUUCUUGACAUGGAAGACAAGCACACACUUCAAGUGCAAUCAAUAAAGGAUGAAAAAGAUAAGCUUCAGUCACUAGUUUCCAGACAGAACUCCAUAAUAGAAGAAUUAGAGAAACAGUUGGUCACAGCCACAGCUAACAACUCAUUUCUGCAAAAGCAGCAACAUGAUCUGAGGGAGACUGUUCAGAACUUGUUUUCUAUGAUUUCUACACCAAAUCCAUCUAAGAAUGCUUUGGUGGCUGGAGAAGAACAAAUCAGUUUCAAGGACUGUACUGAAGCAUUCAAAUCAGGACUCACAAGCAGUGGAAUCUACACAUUAACAGUACCUAAUAGUGGAGAGGAGAAAAAGGCAUAUUGUGAUAUGGAAACCAGUGGAGGAGGGUGGACGAUAAUUCAGCGACGCUCAGAUGGCAGUGUAGACUUUGACCGAACAUGGGUUGAGUACAAGAUGGGAUUUGGGAACCCGUCUAGGGAAUACUGGCUAGGAAAUGAGCUGGUUUAUCAACUAACCAAUCAGAAGCAAUAUGUUCUUAAAAUUCAUUUGAAAGACUGGGAAGGAAAUGAGGCAUAUUCCUUAUACGAACAUUUCUAUCUAGCAAGUGAAGAACUAAAAUACAGGAUUAACCUUAAAGGGAUUACGGGUACAGCAGGCAAAAUCAGCAGCAUAAGCCAACCAGGAAAUGGUUUUAGCACAAAGGAUGCAGACAAUGACAAAUGCAUCUGCAAAUGCUCACAAAUGCUAACAGGAGGGUGGUGGUUUGAUGCAUGUGGCCCUUCCAACCUGAAUGGUCUGUACUAUCCACUGCGACAGAACACAAACAAAUUUAAAGGGAUUAAAUGGUACUACUGGAAAGGAUCAGGCUACUCUCUCAAGGCUACAACUAUGAUGAUCCGACCAGCAGAUUUCUAAAAACCUUUGCAUUGAAAUAAGUUUAAUAUACUUCAUUUGUCAAGUAUUUUAAGGACUCGGAUACAGCUUGGCUGGAUUUCCAGGCCUGUACAACAUGCAUUUGUACCCUGCAGGAAUCAACGUGCCCCCAAAUUUCAACAGCCACUAAUUUCAUCACAACUUAUGCCAAGAACAAAGAUGUAUGUGAUGAUUUUUAAGGGGAUACCACAAAAGCUUAAGGACUUUGUUUUCUUCAUUGCGCACGUGUGUGUGUGUGUGUGCGCGCGCGCGCACAUGUGCAUGUAUGUGUGUAACUGGAACUGUGAAAUGCAGUUUAAAAAACCACCUACUUAAGCUUCAGAAGAAUUUGUUUGUGCCUUACAACUGAACUCUAACAGCUACCUUAAAGUAAGAACAGUCCUUUGUAAACUAUAACCUAUUUCAUGCCAUGAUUGUAAUUAUGUACAUAAAAUAGUGCUUUGUAAUUAACUCCUGUACAAUUAAAGGAUUUUUACCAUUA